AAAAUAUCUUGGGUAGUGUCAUUGUGCAUCACACUACAUUCUCACUCACAUGCUGUCUCUUGUUCUUGCUGCCUCCAAUGGCAUCAUCAUCAACUACUCUCUUCAAUUUCACCCUAUCAUCUAACUCACUUCUUCACCAUCAAAGGACAAAGAGUUCAAAACCUCUUCUCUCUUCCUCUCGCAUCAUCAACCAACACACUGUUUCUUCCAUUAACCACCAUUUGGUUCCCACACGCGUCACAUAUCCACUUCUUCCUUCUUCUUCUGCUCCUAACAGCAGAUUCCACGUGAGGUCCCAGAAGCAGAAGGUGUAUUCUGCUGGAGGAAAAUCGGAGCCGCUUGCUUCUGAUGCAAAAUACCAAGAGGAAUUCUCUUGGUCUUCUGUGAUUCUUCCGUUUUUGUUCCCUGCAUUAGGUGGCUUGUUAUUUGGUUAUGAUAUCGGUGCCACCUCCGGUGCUACAAUUUCACUGCAGUCACCUGAGCUUAGUGGGAUAACUUGGUUCAAUCUUUCUUCCAUUCAGCUUGGACUUGUGGUCAGUGGUUCCCUAUAUGGGGCUCUUCUUGGCUCAAUUCUUGCAUUUGCUGUUGCUGAUUUCCUUGGGAGGAAACGGCAACUUAUUGUUGCAGCCUUGUUGUAUAUACUUGGUGGUGCAAUCACUGCUGCUGCACCAGAACUUAAUGUCCUCUUAGCAGGAAGGCUGCUUUAUGGGCUUGGUAUUGGUUUGGCCAUGCAUGGGGCUCCUUUAUAUAUAGCAGAAACUUGUCCAUCACAAAUCCGUGGGACUCUAGUAUCACUAAAAGAGCUCUUCAUUGUCCUGGGGAUUCUGGGGGGCUAUUUUGUCGGAAGCUUUCAGAUUAGUUCAGUUGGGGGAUGGCGAUUCAUGUAUGGAUUUAGUGCUCCAGUUGCCGUGUUAAUGGGACUUGGAAUGUGGACUCUCCCCGCUUCUCCACGGUGGUUGCUUCUCAAAGCAGUGCAAGGAAAAGGUUCUUUUCAAGAUUUGAAGGAAAAGGCAAUUUUUUCCCUGAGCAAAUUAAGGGGCCGACCACCCGGUGAUAAAGAAUCCGAGAGGCAAAUAGAAGAGACCCUUGUCUCAUUGAAGUCUGCCUAUAAAGAUCAGGAAUCCGAGGGCAAUUUCUUAGAGGUUUUUCAGGGUCCUAAUCUGAAAGCCUUCAUAAUUGGUGGGGGGCUAGUCUUAUUUCAACAGAUAACAGGUCAACCUAGUGUUCUGUAUUAUGCAGGUUCAAUUCUCCAGAGUGCUGGAUUUUCAGCUGCAUCUGAUGCUACUAAAGUUUCAGUUGUUAUCGGCUUAUUCAAGUUACUAAUGACAUGGGUUGCUGUCCUAAAAGUAGAUGAUCUUGGGAGAAGACCUCUGCUGAUUGCAGGCGUCAGUGGCAUAGGUCUCUCUUUAGGUCUCCUGUCUGCUUAUUAUAAAUUUCUUGGAGGAUUCCCACUUGUUGCUGUUGGAGCUUUACUUCUUUAUGUUGGUUGCUACCAGAUAUCAUUUGGGCCAAUAAGCUGGCUUAUGGUAUCAGAAAUCUUCCCAAUUCGCACUAGAGGACGGGGGAUUAGUCUGGCUGUUCUUACCAACUUUGCUUCAAAUGCUGUCGUCACCUUUGCAUUCUCACCAUUAAAGGAGCUUCUAGGAGCUGAGAACCUUUUUCUCCUUUUUGGUGCCAUUUCUUUAGUGGCACUUCUGUUCGUUAUAUUUUCUGUCCCUGAGACUAAAGGCUUGAGCUUAGAAGAAAUAGAAUCCAAAAUCUUGAAGUGACAGCUUAAACUAGCACUUUUUGCUGUGAGCACGGUAAAGUUUGUAACCUCUUGUAUAUCUCCUGUAUGGGAUUUGAUGGUGAUGAAAAUGUUUGCAGUAACACGAUUGUAUCUAACCAAGAUACUCAAAUCACAUAAGGGCGCAGGCUAAUGAUUUUAUUAUC